UCGACUAGAGAUGUCCUAUUUCCAAAAGGGGAAGCAUCAAAUAACCCUUUGUUCUCCCAAUUGGAUUUGCAUCGGCGCCUAUCUGCUGCCUUUGACUUAUAUCGGGUAGGACGCGGUUGAGCAAGCUGUCCGGGCUUUUCCUCUCUCACCUCCUGCUUCGAUCACGAUCUGCGCUGGUGUUAUGGCUCCCAAGAGAAAACCCUCGUCUCAACAUCCCACCUUUGCGCCGACUUCUGGUGAUUCGCAGUCAUCACAACCCUCCACUUCCUCACUUCCCCAGAUUCAUUUCACAAGAGUUCGGACAGACCAAAUCCAUGACGACACCAGCUAUGUUCAACGUGAUAGAUCGGGAGGUCCCAAUCUUCAGCCUCCCGGGGUCCCAUCUACGUCGCGUUCCCCCAGCAGAUCCCGAGAUUCGAAACGACGGAUGUCUCCAGGGCGCCGUUUAACGAGCGACCCUAGAGGAAAUCCUCAUUCCAACCUAUUGGACUCACCGAAUCCCCCAGAGUCUACGCCAACCACACCCGAUCUUUCAGCCCUUGGUGGUUGGGAGCCGCCGCUAUUCCGCCCUCGGCGGAGUGUUGACAACCUGCACUCGGCGCCCAUAACAUAUCCCAUUCAUGGCCCCAAUGCAAUCCUCAAUGCACAGAGCGAGCACCCAGGUAUGGCCAUUGUUGCACCUCCUCCCCCGGAACCAGCGUCUUCGUCGUCAGCCAUCCCAGAUGGUGAUCGAAAGAAAACGGUUCUCAGCGCCACAAAGCUCCUACUCCAAACCGCAUCCUCUGCUCUCAAGAUAUCUCCUAUUCCAUAUGUCAGCCAAAUCCUGGACCUCCUUCUGACGUUGCUCCAAGCUUACGAGACCGUUGACAGCAAUAACGAAAGCCUUAAGGGCCUUAAUGACGAGGUCCGAAAGGCUUACACUGCCAUCCUGCGGCCACUCGAACUGUAUGCCGGUCAAACUGUCCCUCCCGAAUUGAUUGCUCCACUCAAAGAAUUUCACUGAACAGAUCAACCGUAUCGAAUUCCUCAAGCAUCGAGGGCUCUUCAAGAGAAUGGUGACGGCGUCAAAUAUCACCAAGGAUAUAAGUGAUG